UAUACAUAUCCAUACUUCAUAGCAUAGUUAACUCAUACCAAGCCCCCGAACAACUUAAGUUGGAUCUAUUAGAGUUUAUAGGCUCACCAAUCUACAAACGAAAUAUGGAGACUAAUAGCACUCCGGUCAGAGUGGUAUCGCCGCCACCAUUUGUCAGCCGAGAAUUGUUCAUGAGCUUCUCAUGGGGUGGCACAGCGAUGUGUACAGUCGCAGUGAUCUGUCGGCUCAUUGUACGGUGGUCGUCGUGGCGAAAAUUGAUGAUCGACGACGUCUUCGUAGUAAUCGCGUGGUUCCUACUUCUAGGCAGUGCUAUCAUCUGGCAACUUUGUCAUGAUGGAAUGUUUAGACUCAUUCUAGUCUCGAGUGGUGUCGAACCAGAGCUUGCACGGGCACCAGGAUUUGUUGCUUCUGCCGAGUACUUCUUACGCGGUAGUGCGGUAUUUCUUAUAUUUCUGUACACGGGCUUGUGGUCGAUCAAGAUCUCGUUUCUACUGUUCUUUCGCCAGCUUGGUUUGAGGAUAAGGUACUACCAGAUUUUCUGGUGGGCUAUCACAGCUCUAACAAUCGCUACAUGGACCGUCUGUAUUGGGACAAUACAAUUUGAGUGCUUGUUAAAAUCACUGGUCGAGAUCACUGGACAUUGCAAUGACCCUGGAGGCACGGCUAUCCACUGGCAGAAAGCAACUUUUGCUACUAACUGCACUUUCGAUGUCGUCACUGACGCCCUUAUUACAAUGCUUCCAAUCAGUCUUAUCUGGAACGUCAAGAUAAAUCUAAGAAAGAAGUUUAUUCUUGCAGGUCUCUUUUCUCUUGUCGUGGUCACGGUUACCAUUGCCAUAGUACGAAUCGCCAUGGUCUACGGAGGAUCGCACAUCAGCACUCGCGACCAACCAGAGGUUACUUGGCUCUACUUCUGGUCCAUGAUAGAGUUCUGUGUCGCACUAUUUGUUGUAUGCAUUGGAUCCUUUAGGACGUUGUUUUCAGCUGAUACAAAGCGCAAAGCGAAUAUCGGCCAAGUCGGGCGUAUAGUGCACCAGGGCAUAGAUGGAAUAGGGCAGAUUACUACAGUAACUGGUGCCCGCUUACUACUACGACGGGGUGCAAUAGUUGACGAGUCCUAUGACCUUGAUACACUUGAGCCUUUCACGCCGUUAAGUUCCGAAACAUCAUGUAUAUAGAUAAUAAGCUAUACUUAGCUAGAAAUC